CUUACCAAACGAGUAAAUUUUAUUAGAAAAAAUUCUUCUUCUUCUUUCUUCUUAAACCUAUUCUCUACACCACCAUGUCUAACCAAUCCUACGCCGAUGCUGCUGCUUCCUCAGGUCCUAUCGGAGCUGAAAAGAUCCCUGAACCAGCAAGAUUACAAGAAACCCCAAACCCAAGUGGUUCAGGGAACAUUGAAUCUGUUUCUCAGAAAAAAUUUGAUAAAUUGAAACAAGAAACCGAAAAAUCUAGAGCUCAUCUUGAAGCCGAUGUGGAAAGAGCCAAGAAGGAAGCUAAGGAAUUGGAAAAGAAGGCCAAGAAGGAGGGUAAGAAAUUGUUGGAAUUGCUCAAGCAAGGAUAUGCUGACGCUGGCAAAUACUUUGCUGAAUUUUCUCAAAAUGUCUCUGAAACAACAAAUGCCGCACUCACCAAGACCCUGAAGGAAUUGGAAAACCCAGUGGUUGUCAUUCAAGCCUUGGCUGGUAUUGGUGGGCUUGUUGCCGGCUAUGUGACGUACUUGGAAAGACACAGAAUUAGAAGCGACAGCAACACUGUGUUGGGGAUCCAUGCAGCCAUCAUAACCGGGUUGAUUGGAUUGGAUGCUUAUUUGUUUGGUAAGUACUAUCCAAAGUACGAUAAGAAGCAAUUUUAAAGAAUGUCGUAAAAUAUAGCGCAUGUAAAAAACAAUAAACAAAGCAUG